AUGGCGACUUUGGUUCAUCAUGAUUCAAGGCAGUACUCUUGGUUGUGGGUUAGCCAUAUCAGCCCCAAGAACUCGAAAUGGCUCCAGGAAAAUAUCAGCGACAUGGACACAAAGGUUAAAGCAAUGAUCAAACUUAUCAAUGAAGAUGCUGAUUCUUUUGCAAGGAGAGCAGAGAUGUACUACAAGAAACGUCCAGAGCUAAUGAAAUUGGUGGAGGAAUUCUAUCGAGCAUACCGUGCGCUGGCAGAAAGAUAUGAUCAGGCCACUGGGGCACUUCGCCAGGCUCACAGAACAAUUUCUGAAGCAUUUCCAAAUCAGAUGCCGUCAAUGUCAGACGAGUCACCCUCUGCUUUCAGCCAAGAGAUGGAGCCUCAUACUCCAGAUAUGUCUACUUUCACACGUGCGACAUUUGAUUCCGAUGAUCUUCAGAAGGAUGGAGUUGGUGUGUCACCACAACAUUUCACCUCCAAGAGGAAUGGUACACACCCUGAGGAAACCAGUUCAUUUUCAAGUCGAAAAGGUCUAAAGCUGUUCAAUGAUUUGUCAUCGAGUGGUGAAAAUGCUCCUCGUGCUGGUUUUGAUGGAAAGGUGCGGAAAGGCCUAACUUUUGAAAGCCCAGAAGUUAAAGGGAAAGAUGAUAUCAGCAACGAGAUGGCAAAUUUGCAACAAGAAGUUGCAAGACUAUUAGCCGAGAGCCAGAAUCUGAAACAGCAGAUGUUGUCAGAAUCCGAGCGGGCAAACAAAGCUGAAAAUGAGAUGCAAAUGCUCAAGGCAACAGUAUUGCAAUUAAAUGCUGAUAAAGACACAUCACUUACGCAAUAUAAUCAGUCCUCUGAGCGAAUAUCUACAUUGGAGUCUGAGCUCUCGAAGGUGCAGGCUGACCUCGAGAAGUUAACUGAUGAAAUGGCUGCAAAUGUCCAGAAGCUAAUUAAUGCUGAAACACUCAAUAUUGCUAUACAGUCUGAGGCUGAGGGUUUGGAUCAGAAGAUGAAGAUGCAGCAACAAGAACUAGAACAAAAGCUUAAGGAAUUGGAGAGUUUCCACUCAAGCUUCCAGGAGGAGCAUGAAAAGCGCAUGCAGGCUGAAAGUGCUCUACUUUCCCAGGGGAAGGAACUUGCUCAAUCUCAUGAAGAAGUACAGAGGUUGGCUAUAGAAAUAAAGGCAGCGAAUGAAAAGUUGAAUGAGCUCAAGCAGACCAAGGAGGUCCUUGAGGACACUGUUUAUGAGCUGAAGAAGGAUGUUGAGCGCCUUACAGAACAAAACCAGUCCUCUGAGGUGCUUAUACAGAAACUUGGUGAUGAGAUAAAUACACUCAAGGAUUCAAAGAAUGAACUUCAAAGUGAAAUACAAAGCCUUAAGAGCAUCAUUUCACAGCUAAACACUGAGAAGAAUGCAGCUGUGCUUCAACACCAGCAGUCUGUGGAGCAGGUUUCGGUACUCGAAUCUCAGCUGUCAAAGCUGCAGUCAGAGCUAGAUGAGACUGAGCAGAAAGUACAGUUGCUGACACAAGAUCUUGAAAAGAAGAAAGAAGAAGCGGACAGUGUCCAUUUCAAGAUGCAAGAUGAAUGCCAUAGGCGUAUGCAAAUUGAAGCAACUCUUCUCAUGACAGAGGGUCUGCAUUCCCAGUUGCAAGAAGAAAUGAGAACGCUGACACAAGAUUUUGAUGGAUCAAAAAAGAAGCUUAGUGAGCUGGAAAAUAAUAAGUUAGACCUGGAGAGCACACUGAAAGAACUGAAGAACGCCAUUUUAGGUUUGAACUCGGAGAAGGAUGCAGCACUCCUUCAGCAACAGCAGUCUCUAGAGAAAGUAUCUGAUUUGGAGUUAGAACUCUCAAAGAUGCAGUUGGAAAUGGAGAAGUCUGAACAAAAAAUUCUCUUAUUGGAGCAAGAAAUUGCACGGAAGAAUGAAAGUGUCGACAGCCUGGAGAUAAGUUUGAAAGAUGAAUGUGAGAAGAGGCUACAAGCCCAAACAUCGCUUGUGUCAUUGGAGAAAAUGUAUUCGCAGUCACAGGAAGACGUUAGUAGGUUGCAGAUAGAGAUUGAGAAGCAGAAUGGCAAGUUGAAUGAGUUGGAGAACUUGUCAUCUGAACUUAACAACACCAUCCUACUUAUAAACACUGAGAAAGAUGCUACCCUCCAUGAGAACCAGCAGUCCUCAGCGAGAAUAUCGGAUCUUGAAUCUGAACUCUUGGCCUUGAAAACUGAACUGGAGAAUGUUGAAGGGAAAGUUCAGAUGAUAGAGCAAGAACUCAUAUAUAAGAAACAAGAAGCGGAUAGCCUCCAAAUUAGCCUACAAGAUGAAGCUAAAAAACGGCUUGAAGGUGAAGCAUCUCUUCUUAUGAUGACAAAUCUUCACUCCGAGUCACAAAAUGAAGUGAGAGAGUUGGCACUGGAACUCGAGAAGCUGAAUGGUAAUUUAAGACAGGUGGAGAACAGUAAGGUUGAUCUUGAGAACAUUGUAACCAAGCAUACGGAGGAAAUCCAUAUCCUUCGUGAACAGAAUCGUUCUACUGAGCUUAUGAUAAAGGACCUUCAUCUUGAAUUGGACGCAUUGAAGGAUUUGAAUGUGAAACUUCAGGCAGAAAUGGGGUUACACAUAGGUGAAAAAGAAGCACUUCAGAGAGAAUUUACUUCUCAAAGGGAAGACAAGGAAAAUCUAGAGGGGAUACACCACACUCUGGUUGAUGAGAUGGAUACCCUAAAAGCCACUGCAACAAUGAACCAGAAGUUGAUUGAGGAAUUGCAAAUUACAAACUCAAAACUGAAGGAGGUGUGUGCAAGGAAUGAGGUUGAGAAGGCACUUCUCUCAGAAAAACUCCAAGAGGUGGAGAAGCUAUCUGAAGAAUAUUCACUCCUGGAGAACUCACUUUCAGAUGCAAAUGCUGAAAUGGAUGCAUUGAGGGAGAAGAUAAAAGCACUUGAGGCUUCAGAAAGCUCUCUCAAGGAUAUAAUUUCCUGUCAUGUUUCUGAGAAGGCUGUUCUUGUAUCAGAGAUAGAGAUCCUUGGUAAAAGAUUAUCUGAUGCUUCAGAGAAGAAUUCUAUCUUGGAUAUCUCAUUAUCUGAUAUGAAAAUGGACCUAGAAGAUUUGAUAACAAAGCUGAAAGAUUCUGAAGAAUCCUGCCAGGCUCUCCUUGCAAAUAACUCAGCUCUUUCUGGUGAAAUGGAUGCAUUGAGGCAGAAGAUAAAAGCACUUGAGGCUUCAGAAAGCUCUCUCAAUGAUAUAAUUUCCUGUCAUGUUUCUGAGAAGGCUGUUCUUGUAUCAGAGAUAGAGAUCCUUGGUAAAAGAUUAUCUGAUGCAUCAGAGAAGAAUUCUAUCUUGGAUAUCUCAUUAUCUGAUAUGAAAAUGGACCUAGAAGAUUUGAGAACAAAGCUGAAAGAUUCUGAAGAAUCCUGUCAGGCUCUCCUUGCAAAUAACUCGGCUCUCUCUGGUGAAGUGGAUGCAUUGAGGGAGAAUAUAAAAGCACUACAGACCUCAGAAAGCUCUCUGAAGGAAGCAAUUUCCUGUCAUGUUUCUGAAAAGGCUGUUCUUGCAUCAGAGCUAGAGAUCCUUGGUAAAAGUUUAUCUGAGGUUUCAGAGAAGAAUUCUAUCUUGGAUGUCUCAUUAAGUGAUAUGAAAACUGAGCUAGAUGAAUUAAGAACAAAGCUGAAAGAUUCUGAAGAAUCCUGCCAGGCUCACCUAACAAAUAAUUCAGCCCUUUCUGCUGAAAAGAACCACCUGUUCUCUCAGUUGGAGAGCAUUACAUUGGCCAUGAAAGCCCUAGAAGGUAUGCAUGCCAAUCUGGAACAGAAGCAUUCCUCUGUAUCCAGAGAGAAGGAUUUUGCAUAUGAUCAAGUAAGGGAACUGCAGGAUCAGUUGAGAAUUAAGAACGAGGAAUUUGAAGUGUCAGCAAAGUCACAUCAACUGCAAGCAAACAGCUAUGAGAAACAAAUUUCUUCUCUGCAAGAGAAAAACCAUUAUAUGGAGGAGGUGCUUCAACAGGAACAGCAGAAAAACAUAAGUGCUUCUAUUAGUACAGUUAUUUUGGAGAACUGUUUGGUCUAUGAGCAAGACAAGAAGGUCGCUCUUUUCACUGAAUGCCAGAAGUAUGCCGUGGAAAAUCAUUCGGCCAAUAUGUUAGUUUCAGAGUUGAUGGAUGAAGCUAGAAAUCAUGGAGAGGAGAGAAAAACAUUGCUAACGCACAAUGAAAAACUGAGGGAAGGGAUUUCAAAGCAAAUGAAGGUUCUGAAUAUCUGCAAAGAUCUAGGACCUGCUGAUUUAGCUGAGGACGAAGUUCUGUUGCAGACUGUUUCAGAUGAAACCAUUAACAUUCUGAGACUUAUGGGUGAAACUGAAGAUGUGAAUAGGCUCAUGGACACCGAGCUCUCAGUUCUCUCAGUAGUUUUGUUGCAAGUAGGGAUGGAGCUCAGAGACCUGCACUUACAGAAGUGUGCCCUUGAGAAAGAAGUGGAGAGUGGAGAAGCAGAAUCGCUUUCUUUGCAAAACAAAAACCAACAGAUGUUGGAACAGAAUGAACAACUAAGGAAUGGAUUACAGGAAAGCAGUGAAAGGGAGGAGGUGCUUAAAACUGAAGUAUUCAUCAUACAAGAGAAACUAUCUUGUUUGAGAGAGUCCUACCAGACCUCACAAGAUGAAAUUUCCAACCUGACCGAAAAAAAUGAGUCCUUGUCUAAGGAAUACCAGUCCUUGAGUGAGAAGUACAAUUCCUUGGAAGAUGAGAAUGAUACUGUUCUUGAAGAAUGCAUGAUGCUCGAGAACUUGUACCUCUUCUUUAGGGGACAUAAUAAUGAGAUUGCAUCUGCAUUGGCUUCUCUUACCGAUGAGAUGGCUUUGUUGAGUUUGGCUAAGGGCGAUCUUGAUCUCCAAGUUAAUGAGCUGAGCAGAAGGUCAGUGGCGCUUGAAUCAGAAAAUAGUCACUUAAAGGAGUAUAUCAUCUACUUGGUAGAGAUUCUCAGAACUCGAUUAGUCCUUUCAGAGUUUGAUCUGGACACCAAUCAAAGUGUCUGCCAGGAGUUGGUUGUUGAACUUGAGAAUUGCAUGACACAGUUGGUGCAGAAGGAUGAUGAGCUAAUGGAAGCAGAAGAGAAGGUUCAACUCUUGCAAGAAAAGAACCGGGAACUCUGUGGAGUUGUUGGGUCUCUUCAGGUUGCAAUCGAAGGUGCUAAAGUGGUGAAAGGAGAACUGGAGAAGAAAAUCACAAGACUGAUUGAACAGUGUUCUAGCAAGGAUGACGAAAUUUUACUUCUUCACCAAAACAAUGAGGCAUUGCAAUCAGAGGUUGAGCAAUGUGAGAGGGAAUUUGUUGCUCUGAUGGAUGAUGCAAUUACCUCUUCAGUGAAUUCUGCGGUCUAUGAAGAAAAAGCAUUCAAGCUUAUGAUGAAUGGUAAAGCUACAGAGAAUAGAGCAAUAUCCCUAAAGGAGUUGCUAAUGAAGGAGAUCUCUUCCCGAGAUGCUCACAUUGAGGAGUUGCAGAAACAGUUGUCUGGCAUUCAGGAAGAACAUGCAGAACUAAAAGCUGAGUUGAACACACAUCUAGUUCUCAUCGCAUCAUUGGCUGAUCAUGUCAGUGUGCUGGAAGAAGAUGCUCGUUCUCUGUUGAAACCAUGUAGUACACAAGGCGAAGAGGAAACUGCACGGGUACAUCAUAUGCAAGAGGGCAACGAUGGGCUGGAAUCUGAUUGCUUACCCAAAGGAACUCCAAAGCUACAAGGGUUGAUUGCAAGAAUAGAAGCACUUCAAGUGGUUGUAUUAAAUGCUAAAGAUCGUCAAGAUCAGGAGUCAACCGAGUCUGCAGCUAAAUUGGCAGCGGCAAGUACAGAAAUUCAAGAGCUUAAAGCAAGAGGCAGCUCACGCAUGGUGGCAAAAGAAAUAUAUUCUGACCAUGAGAAACAAGAUGUUGAAGUCUCCAAAGGGAAGCAAGUCCAGAUCAUGAAGGAUAUUGAGCUGGACAAAAUAUCUACUUGUCCACCAUAUGGUGCUGGAGCUGCCCUCUAUCCCCUUGGAACUGGUGCAAACGCUGAACUCGAUGACGAUAUGCUUCAGCUGUGGGAGGCUGCAGAGAGGAGCUGCAAGAACGAAACAGCCAAGUCCUCGUCAUUUGAGCAUGACAUACAAGCGGUCGAGGAUCUGAAGAGUGAGUACCCUUCGUCUGAGCUAGCAAGGGGAAGAGACCUUGGAAUCAAUAAGCUAGAAGUGUCAAAGGGUGCUGUAGAGCCUCAUGAGGCGUGGAGCAAGAACGUACUUGAGAGGCUCACUUCUGAUGCUCAGAGGCUGUUGAGCAUCCAAGCGAGCAUUGAGGAGUUAAAGCAGAAAAUGGAGGGGCCGUCAAAGGGCAAAUCCCCAAUGAAUUCUGAGUACAGCAGUGUGAGCACACAGCUGCAUGAGACAGAGGGUUUUGUCUUGGAACAGAUCAAUUUCAACAACAAAUUGACCAGGAAGGCUGAGAACUAUCCCAUGUUGUCAGAUAAUAUGAACACCGAGCGAGAAGGGUAUUCCAGCAGGAGGAAGAUCUCCGAGCAGGUGCAGAAAGGGUCGGAAAAUGUGGCAAGGUUGGAACUGGAACUUCAGAAGAUACAGUAUGUCCUGCUCAAGCUUGAGGAAGAGCACGAGUACAGAAGGCUCAAAGUCUCUGAUAAGCGCACCCGUGUGCUUUUGAGGGACUAUCUGUAUGGAAGGAAGGACCGUGGUGGAGGGCAGAAGAAGAAAAAGAAGAGGGUCCCGUUCUGUGGUUGUGUUCGUCCGAAAUCAAGAACAGAGCCGUAA